CAUUCUCCAUUCUCAUCACUCAAAUAGUUUUCUAGUUCAUCCAACAUUUUUGUGUGUGAUUUUGUUUUAUUUUAUUUCUCAAAUGGCUCAAAUGACAGGUUUAAGAGCAAAUAGAAAAGUUCUUUGUAUUUUGGGGUUGUUCAAUAUUUUGUUGAUGUUACAAAAUGUUAAUUGUUAUGAGUUUAAAGUUGGAGGUUCUGGUGAUUGGAGUGUCCCUAUGGAUCCAAAUGCUAAUAAUUAUAAUCAAUGGGCUGAGAGGAGUAGAUUCCAAAUUGGUGACACUUUAUCUUUUCACUACUCAGAUAAAGACUCAGUGCUUCUUGUAAACAAGGCAGAUUUUGACAAUUGCAACACAGCUUCACCUAUUGAGAAGUACAGUGAUGGACACAGUGUGUUCAAGUUUAACCACUCUGGAUCAUACUACUUCAUCAGUGGGGUUCAUGACAACUGUGUCAAGAAUCAAAAGUUGCAUGUUGUAGUCAUGGCUGAUAGAAGCCACAACACCAAAACUGGAGCUUCUCCUCCUCCUCCAUCAGUAGAUGAUGUUCCUCCGGCCCCGGCCCCGGCCCCGGCUGGUGAGGAGGCACCAUCACCACCCACUAGCUCAGUUGAGAUCAUCCCAACUCCAGCACCUUCUCAAGAAUCAUCUCCUCCCAAGAAUGGCGCUUCAUCGAUCGUCAUGAGCUUUGUUGGCUCCACUGCAGCUUUUGUUGGUUCCUCCAUAUUGCUGGGAUUCUGAUAGGAGUUGAUUGACCUUGUAUUUAUUUUGUAUUUGAUUGUUGUUCUUUUGUUUUUCAUUUUUGGGAUUUAUGUUUCAUUUGUUUUCCUUACUUUGCUCUCAGUGAAUGUAACUGGGAGUAAAAGUGUAUAUUGGUUUGUAUUGAUUCGAUUAUGAGAAUAAAUAAAACUGAAUGUUUGUGUA